CUCUGGUCCGGCAUAGUACACAGCCAUCGGUGUGAACCUAGUAUAACUCACAAAACCCAACAUAAUAAUAAUAAUAAUGUUUUAGAUGGUACGUUUUAAAAUAUACACUAACAUCAUAUUCCUGUGCAUAUAUGAGCAUGCUCUUACAGAUGAGACAAGAUAGUAUAUUUCACAAAAUUGAACAAUCUCAAUAGAAAAACAAGAAAACUUAUGACCAUUUAUUGUUCACUACACCCACGCAGCGAUGUAGAUCAGUUGUAUCUGCCUAUAAGGUUGGGUGGUAGAGGCCUAUUACAAGUAAAACAAACUGUUGAAGAAGAAAAAUAUGCACUGGCAGAAUAUGUCAAGGACAGUGGGGAGCCUGCACUGAUUGCUGUCAAUAAUAGAAAACUCCUUAAAGCACAGCAGACAAAGAAUCAGUAUAAGAAAACUACAUUACAAGCUAGAGCUGACAGCUGGCGUAAUAAGGUGUUACAUGGACAGUUCCUGGACAAAAUUGAAGGAAAAGUGGAUAAAGAAAGAACCUGGUUAUGGCUUACCAAUGGAGCAUUGAAGAAGGAGACAGAAGGCCUGAUUUUUGUGGCCCAGGAACAAGCAAUCAGAACAAAUGCAAUUAAGGCAAGAAUUGAAAAAUCUGCUGACGAUCCAACAUGCAGACUGUGUAAAGAAGCUGAUGAAACUAUUGAUCAUAUUCUCAGCUGCUGCAAAAAAAUUGCACAGACAGACUAUAAACAGAGAGACAAUUCUGUGGCCAAAAUGAUCCAUUGGAACCUGUGCCACAACUAUCAUAUACCUAUAGGAAAAAAUUGGUGGGAAUAUAAUCCCGAAAAAGUAGUUGAAAAUGAAUGUGUCAAAAUACUAUGGGACUUCUGAAUUCAGACUGAUAAAGUUCUGGAACAUAAUACGUCAGACUUCACAAUUUUGGAGAAGAAAAAAGUGUGGAUUAUAGAUGUCGCCAUACCAGGUGACAGUAGAAUUGACGAAAAACAACAAGAAAAACUUAGCCAAUAUCAUGACCUAAGAAUUGAACUGCAACGCUUCUGGCAUAAACCAGUACAGGUGGUCCCAGUGAUUAUCGGCACACUGGGGGCUGUGCCAAAAGAUCUUAGUCGGCACUUACAAGCCAUAAAUAUUGACAAAAUUACUGUCUGUCAGUUGCAAAAGGCCACCUUACUUGGAUCUGCUCGCAUCAUUCAAAGAUAUAUCACACAGUCUUAAACGCUCGGGAAGUGUUUGACUUGUGGUUUUAUGUUUUUGAUAACCAGCAUUUCUACCCUGUUUGCUGUGUGGACAUUGAAUGUUUUAGAUGGUACGUUUUAAAAUACACACUAAUAUCAUAUUCCUGUGCAUAUAUGAGCAUGCUCUUACAGAUGAGACAAGAUAGGCAGUAUAUUCCACAAAAUAUGUAAAACCUUAACUAUUUCUUAAAAAUUUUUAUAGUAUUGAAAGCAUUUUUUAUUUUUAAUGAUGAUUACCACAGAGAUGUUGAUGAAAUGUCACUGUACUAGAACAUUUACAUUUAAUUUACAUUGACACAGUAAUGCAGUGAUUUUAUAAGUCAAAACAAGCUGGCAGAUAUAAGAGCAUGUUCUUAUAAGUGAAACAACAUAUAUUUAAAAAACAAGAAAACAAGCAAUUUUCACAUAUAAUCUAUCUAUAUAUAUAUAUAUAUAAAAAUGGACGUGUGUGUUCCUAUAUUUCACUUU